AGGAGAGCUAUGGAUAAUCCAUUAGAUUAUGAACGAAUAGAAUUCAUUAAAGAAGUGCUGCUAACCAGUGGACCUGUCUCAGCGACUGCAAAGAUCCGGGUGUAUUUGGAUCAGCGGAAUAAUAUUCCACUAAAUAUUGGCAUCACGGGAGAGGGAGGUGAUAAAUCCACCUUUGUUAAUGCUUUUAAUGGCAUAGACAACAGGGAUGAGAGAGCCGCUCCUACUGGUUGUGUAGAAACCUCCUCAAAGGUUACACCAUACCCCCAUCCAAACUAUCCCAAUGUUACACUAUGGGGUCUUCCUGGUAUGGGUACUGCCAAUUUUCCAGCUGACAAGUACCUGAAGCAUGCUGGAUUUGAAAAGUUUGACUUCUUCAUCAUCAUCAUCUCAGCUGAUCGUUUCAGAGAAAGAUUAUUUCCAUCUGUUAAGAGGAGACCCUCAAGAGAGAGAGAGAGAGAACUUCCUGCACACACGAGGACGGCUCUACUGUUUGCCAUGCCCAAUGUCAGUCGCAGGAUCGUCAGCAAGCCAUCUGCCAUCUCACCUGUGGAUACUUUAGGUGAUCCUGUCAAACAGUACCAAGUUGGGUUUGGUCUUGAUUGUGAGACACUGCAGAACCUUGCUGACAGCAUUCAGUUGCCCUUGAAUGCGCUCAGUUGCCCCAUGCAGAUAAAGAGAGUCAACUGUAUCUAAAGUAGUUAAAACUAGCUCCACCUCGACCAACUAACAAAUGUCAUAUGUGAAAUGUAUCAGUCACAGGGGCCAAUUUUCUGCAGAUCGAGUACUUUUAUUUCUGAUACUUUUAGUACAUAUAGCUGCUAAUACUUCUGUACUUUUGACAGAGGCAGGAGUUGAUUGCAGGACAGUUACUUGUAAUGGAGUAUUUCUCCACUGUGGUAAGGAUCUGAAUACUUCUGGGUCCUACUUUAUUUUUUCACGUUAGAAAUGCAGGAAUAACAUCUUCAUGCAUUUAAGUCUUUGUUCUCUGUCUGUGUCAACACUACGCUCGAUGUAUACUCCACUGUAUAGCAUGUUGGAGAUACAAUCAAGAGGGUCUCAAUAUACAGCGCGUUUUCUCUUUCUUAAUAUACUGUAUACCACAAAAUCCGUCUUGUGAUGUGUUUCUCUCUUCUCAGAACACAGGCUAAGCAUUUGUAAAUCAAUACCUCCUUUCCUGUAUAAGCACGCCUCCUUGAGUCCCUUCUGUGUCAGUACACCUACUGGAUCUCAUUCUCACAUUCCUCAUAAUUCACCAUGUCAAUAAGAAACUGAUCAUUCUGAAGAAAAUAUUAAACAAUCAGUUGUAAGGGACAAAAGUUUAUUGUAACCCUACAAAAGACACAGGGUGAGAAAAAAAAAUACAAAACAAAAAUAAAAUUAUAGAAAUGAAAAAAAAAAUCUCAUUCUUAUACAAGUCUCAAAACUAUCCAUCAUACAGGACCACAGUUUAAUUAUUCAUAUUUUUAAUAUAACAUUUUGUUGUAAUGCUGUGUGUACAUACAAAAUAUAGCAAACUAAAUAAGGCAAAUAAAUAGAGGUACAAUUUACAGGAAAAUGCAACAUUCCUCAAUGUUUUAAUCUUUUUUUUUUUUUAAAUCUUAUCUCAAACAUCAAGAAUGGUGUACAAAAUGCUUUUUUUUUUCCUCCAACUGUACAUCUUUCGGUGGAGGACACUCUUUUUUUUCCAACCAUAAAAAUACUGACUCCUCACAAUUAUACAACCUCUAAAACUGGGUGAGCAAACUGUCGUGUAACAGGUGUGUUUCAUAUUGCAAGCAAUUUUCUAUUAAAGGUUGAAGUCAACACAUCAAACUUUGUGCACCCUUCUUUAGGCAUGCAGGUCGACGCCAAGUGCGUUUUUUGACAGAAAUGUGGUGGUGUCAGAAAACACCCCCCUUUUUUCUUUUACACACUAAAGCAGGUGACAGGUGAGGAUUUAAAACUCAAUACACUCCUGUUACAUAUGAGUGUCACCUCUUUGUGUCUAUGUCCCCACAAAUCCCAUCUCUGCCAUCCAACAGAAUAUUAAUGUGUUUCCAGCGGCCCAGCCGGAGUCCCCAACCUCACUUCACCCUUUUUCCUCUCUUUAUUCUUCACACCAUGUUUUUUUUUUUUUUGCAUCACUUUCGUUGCACCCUUCUCAUUUCUAGAGGAUUCUAAGCCCUCAAAAUGGCGCUGCAAAUGGAAAUGUCCCAUAUUAAAAGUGCAUUGAACAAGCUACUAAUUUCAUUCCUCUGAUUUCCAUCUGUACACUCCAAAAUCAGCCAGUCAAUGGCCAAAUAAACAUCCAAACAUGUAACAACAUAAACAUGUAAUAAUACUGACAAUGUUGCAAUACCCCUCAGUAAAUAGUCUGCACUACAAUACGGGUUAAAACUCUGGAUUAAGAGUUAAAGGGUCUGCCAAAGUCUGAUAUACUAACUCUGAUUAACUCGAAAGACAAAGGAGCAGAGGUUAGGAAAUAGAAUAGCUCAAAUAUACAUAAGAUGCUGGUUAAAGAAUAAGCAAUCAUAUGUCAUUUUCCCCUUAGGACUUAAUAGACUUUUCAGGUUUUUCAAAGUGUCUGAAUCUAUUUGGUUUACUGGUUAAUCUCUAAAGUGUGGGACAUGCGAUCCCCUCUGCACUCACAUUGUCCUUUCAACCUCACAUCAGCUUCUCUCCUGCUUCCGUUUGAGUACAAAUUAAAGGAAUAAACUCCUGGUAGGUUGAGGUGUCUCUGUGAAAUGACCUAUUAUGGAUUAAAUAGAGGUUUAGGAGAAAAGGGAGUGGGAUUUUGUCUGUACAGGUAAUAGGUCAAACCUCUCUGAUGACAUGCCAGCCACACUUUAGUACACCCGUUGGACUUCAUUUUAGGAGACUUUGGUGAGUUAUUGUGCCUAGAGAUGGGGUCAAGUGUCAUAUCACGUUAACACUUUGGAGAACUGCUUCUAACUGCUUGCGAUGUCAGGUGUAACACCAAGUGAACUAUCUGAAGCCACAAGAUGGCGCCAGUUAGUCUAAUUCCCACUGUCAGCUGCAUUUCACUAGCAUACACAGUACAUUUUUUUUGGAAAGCCACAAGCACUAAAACACAAUAAUAGGAAUCGUACAUGUGUGAAAUCAAGGUCAGAGGCACUUAAAGCUGAAAAUGAAAAUGUGGCAGAAUUAAGGAACAAAGACUAACUGGGAUAGCCACUACUACUGCAGAGAUCUUCAUGAAACACUGCAAAUUAAAUAAAAACUGAUAUUUAAUAAUAAUAAUAAUUUAAUAAUCCGAUAUUGGAAGUGUCUUGUGUUUUGUAACACUACUGUAUAUACUCCAAGUACAUUCCUCUAAUUUAAAAUGAGGAAUGGAGAAAGGAACUGCAGUACGAGUCCUUGAUGUUACUAUGAGAACAAUCACAACUUUUAUCCAUUACUAACCCAGGGGCUGUUGUGCAAAUCCUUUGGCCUGUCAAACUCAGCCAAUCUAUAUGUAAUAAGGAUAUAUUCCAGAACAUAAAGCUGUGAAGAAAAAGCGUAGCUAGAUUCCCGGCCUUAUAUUUGUUUUGCCUCCUCUAAUUCUGGAUUAUUAGGAAACCUGCAUGCAUGGGCUAACAGAGGAGAUUAAACACAGGAUGUUCCCAUUUUUAGAUUUGCUCUGAAAAAGACAAAGUCCAAUCUUCCUACUGUACCCCUGGACACCUUACAUAUGGCUCAUACUGUACUAUAUCUAACCACGCAUGCAGAUGGAAUGACUAAAACGGGUUAUCUAAGAACAAAAUGGAUUACCACCAGGAUUUUUCAUGUGAACUUUAUGCACGUGUUACCCUCUACCUGCUUAUAUGACGCCGUAUGUUCAUAUGUGGCAUAUGAUUCUUGUUUUUAAUAGAUCCUUCCUUUCAUUUUAUCUCCCAAAAUGGAGUGUGAACCUAUCAACUUCCUCAUCUCCUAAGAACUGACCAGGACUGGCUCCUUCCACAGCGGAGCCCUCACCCCAGGAUUAGAGCCCUCUCUGUGGGUACACUUCCUGUAGUAAGCUACUGUAGGUCCAUCCUCAAGAAGAACAUCUAAGCCCAUACAUCACAUGGCAGCCCUUGUCAUGCCUACUGCUAACGUUUUAGCUAGCAGCAGGUUGCCAAUAAUAACUGGGUCAUAUGCAAACUUACGUUUGAGAGAAGCUGGAAGGAGAGAUGGAAGUAAGGACUGUUUUCUAUGAAGCUCUCUGAGGCUGUUGUCUUUGUUAGUGUCCGGUCAAUGUCUUCCAUUAAAGAACCUUAAAUAUUUGCAUCAAGCCACUACACGAAUUUUCACACCCUUUUACAUGCUUUGUUUUACCUUGACUUUGCAAUGACAGACUCAUCACAUGGUGUGGUCGGAUAUUACAAUACCAACUGAAAUAAAAACGCACAGAAAUAC